AUGUCAUUAAUAAGUGGUAAUCCAACCAUAACAAGUCCUCAGGUUGAAAAACUCUCAAAUGGUACUAUUGUUUCAGUGGGGAAACAUCAGGUGGAAAUUGUUGAUUAUAUAGCAGAAGGUGGAUUUUCCCAAAUUUAUAAAGUAAAAUUUAUUGAUUUGAUUAAUGUCAAUUUGAUGGAAAAUAAUAGUAAAAAUAAGGAAAAUACCGUUGAGGAUGGUAACACUAUCGAGAACAAAGAUUUAUAUAAAGACACUUUUCUUCAGCCAGGUGAAUUGGCAUGUUUAAAAAGGGUUAUAGUACAAGACAACAAUGGUUUAAAUGAACUAAGAAAUGAAGUAAAUGUCAUGCAACAGCUAAAAUAUAAACCAAAUAUUAUUCAAUUAUUUGAUUCAAAUGCACAAAGAUAUACAAAAUAUUCACCAAAUGGGUUUGAAAUUCUUUUAUUGAUGGAAUUAUGUCCCAAUAAAUCUUUAUUGGAUUAUAUGAAUCAACGGUUGGCAACAAAAUUGUCAGAAAAGGAAAUUUUGAAGAUUAUGUAUGAUACAACUUUAGCAAUAUCACAGAUGCAUUAUUUAGAUAUACCUUUAAUCCAUAGAGAUAUUAAAAUAGAAAAUGUUUUGGUUGAUAAACAAAAUAAUUUUAAAUUAUGUGAUUUUGGUUCUACCUCAACUACUUUCCCCGUAGUGACAACACACCACGAUAUAGCCAUUUUAUCUCAUGAUAUCUAUGUCCACACAACACCUCAAUAUAGGUCUCCAGAGAUGAUUGAUUUAUAUAAAUGUCUUCCAAUUGAUGAAAAAUCGGAUAUUUGGGCAUUAGGUGUCUUCCUUUACAAAUUGUUGUUUUUUAUUACUCCAUUUGAAAGAACUGGACAGUUUGCAAUCUUACAUUCAAAAUUUGAAUUUCCAAAUAAUAAAUAUUCAUCAAAAUUGAUUAAUUUGAUUAUCAUUAUGUUAUCGGAAAAUCCAAAUUUAAGACCUAACAUCUAUCAAGUAAUGUAUCAGCUAUGCGAAAUUCUUCAAUGUCCGGUUCCUAUACCUGAUAAAUAUGGUAUUGGAUCAUAUAGUUAUGAUCAAUAUAUGUGGUUUCAAAAAAAUUCACAGAAUCUUCAAUUACAAAUUUUUAAUUUACAAAAUAAAUUGAGACAACAAAGUGGGGUAUUAUCUGAAGAGGAUAACUAUAUCCUGAAUCAAUUAUAUGUUAAUUCUUUCAAUGUGUUACCAUCAAUUCCCGUGCCACAAAGAGCCUCUGCUAUAAAGACAACGACAGAUUUUACAAAUGUGAAAGCUAAUCCAGUGGAAUAUGAAGAGAAUCUUGAACAACCAAAUGAAACAGUAACAACAACAGUGAAAGAAUCUGAAUUAAAAGAUAUGAAUACUAGAACCAUCAAUAGUCCAAUAUACAAUAACACUGCAGAGAAAGGAUUGGAAGAAUUACAAAAAAUGAAUAACCAAGAGACCGAUAUAGGUGAAAGGUAUUUUCCUUCUGUGGAUGAACUUAAUGAUUAUAUUGAUAAAAAACAUGAAGACAAAAUAAAACAACAAUUGCAGCAGCAGCAGCAUAAAUCUGAGGAGGUGGGUCAACAACAGUAUGUCAGUGUAGAAUAUAUUAAUCCACCUACUACUACCUCUCCAUCUUCUGCUCCACAAUCUAAUACCGCUACAUUAAAACAGCAUAAAUCAAAUAAUCCAUUCCCUAAAAUGAAUUAUGAUGUUGUAGAUGGAAGCAGUGCACAGCAAGUUCUUUAUCAGUAUCGGCAGCCGCAACCACAAUUGCAAUUGCAGCAGCAGCAGCAGCAACAACAACAACAACAAGUAUUAAUUAAUUCACAGAUGCCAGUAGUUACUCCUAUUCAACCCAUACAUCAAAAUAAAUACCUUACCAUGGUGAAUAAUGCACAACAGGCAAUAGAUAUGCAAUCUGCGUUAGCACCACAUAAUGAACAAGACAUAGCGAAACAAUACAAAAAUUCUUUCUCUCCAGCAUCAUCAAUAACUUCAGUUUCUUCAGCUUUAUCAUUCUCAUCACCACCACCUGUACCACCACAUCCGUACAAGGAGCAAUAUAAUCAAAAUCCCAAUAAAGAUGUAGGUAUAUUGGAUGAAGAUACUAAAUCAUUACCAGAGGUACCACCACGUCCAGUGAAGAAAUCAUUAGACAAUUCUCUAAUUGAUUUAUCAGCUACAACAUCAACUUUAUCAUCACCAUAUUUGGAAAAUAAUCCACAUGAGUAUCAAGAUUCAGCAACUCAAAAUAGAAAGUUAGAAAAGGAUGAAGCAAAUUCAACUGAAAAUAAGAAAUUGAUUAAUCCACCUACCACAGAGAGCAUUGAAUUUGAUUUGGAAAGUGUUAAAAGGAAAUCCUUAGACAUGAAAUUGCAGAGGUUAGCUAUUGAAUCCAGGGCAUUACAAGAUGGAGCCUCAGAGGAUAGAAAACAAUACAAAGAUAGACAUAGAACAUCGGACGAGGAGUCCAUUACAGAGAUGAAGAAGUCAUUUGAUCAGCAGCGAUCAUUGCUCGAUCUGGAAAGAUUUAAUAAUGAGAUCCAAAGAGAUCAAAAGAAGAAACACAAGCUUUUCUCGAUGUUGAGAAGUGAUAAAAGGAUAUAA